AUGAAGCUACCAUCGAGUUCUUCUCUCAUCUUCGCUACUCUCGCCAUAUCGUCGUCGUCCAGCAGUCUCGCUGCACCCACUGGUGAUGGACAACCUUCAAGUGGUAUUCCUGCGUCGACGUCCUUCAAACCUCUAAGGCGUGAUUCAGUUUCGAUGCCUCAACGUAUUACGCGCGACGUAGAGGACGGUGAGCUUGAACCCAGAGAAGCUAGUCCGGCGUGUGUAAUUUUCCCGCUUGCCGAUGGUAUCUUGAAUAGGGUUGGCGGGAUUGUUGCUGGCAUUCCUCUGAUAGGCACACUUGGUGAACCCGUUCUCAAGCUUGGAGAGGCAGUGAUACCUCUCGCUUCACACCUACUGAAAUGUCCCGAGGAGUUCAAGUCUCCGAUGAACAGUGCAAGUGUUCAAACCUUCGAUACUUCUCAAAGCGGUGCCGCCAAUGGCGAUUCUUCGUCCCGCCCUUCUGACGGUACACCUCCCAACAGUCCCACAACGUCCUCGGGCUCUGCAUCAGCAUCAACUCUUGCUCGUCGCGACCUCCAACCUGCCGAUUCUGCUCGUCUUCCAGUUCAGCCACCGGUAAAGCCUCCCGUCGGAGCAGAUCCGACUCUCGAACUACCUGGUCAUCUUCCUGUACCUAUCGAUUCUUCUUUUCCUCCAGUUCAGCCACCGGUAAAGCCUCUCGUCGGAUCUGCUCCGAUUCUCGAACUACCUGGCCAUCCUCCUGUACCUAUCGAUCCGCCUCUUCCUGCACUGGUUAACCUGCCGGUUCGAUCUAUUUCUGGGACUUCACAAAGUGACCCACCGGUGUCACAGCGUCUACCUGGAACUCCAAAGCAAUUUGCAGGGAAAGCUAGAAGUGCUGGACCAGCUCCUACUAAGCCUCUUGACUAGGGGAGCAACGAAAAUGGACGAGUUCAGGUAGAGGUACCAGAACUUGGCAUUGCCGUAGCAGUGGAGGUUUCUUUAGCUAUGGUGGAAGCGGAAGCGGAAGUCGAAGACUUGUGAGGUCUGAGUUUACUCGGAGGCGUGACAGGAGCGUGGCCGGUGACAUCCUCAGAUUAACGAUACAUACAUAUUAUACCAUAGUAUACCCGAACUUGUUAGCGAAUGAUGUACCUGGGCUUCUAUAAUACAUACUUGCAAUUUCUUUCACGC